UCGCCAACAUCAGGAUGGUCUCCAAGGCGUGCUUCCCCUGGGCGGUGCUGCCGGUGCUGGCGGCGCUCCUGGCGGCGUGCGGCGCGGCCCCCCAGCUGGGCGCCCAGAAGCCCAUCGCCAUCGUCAGGCUGGACAGCGACAUCAGCCCCGACGGCACCUUCAGCUACACGUACGAGACGGAGAACAGGAUCCAGGCUAGCGCGCAGGGACGCCCGGGCAACGGGCCGCCCGGCGAGGAGGGCACCAACGUGGUGGGGCAGUUCUCCUUCGUGGCGCCCGACGACGGACAGACCUACUCAGUGCAGUACACCGCCGAUGAGAACGGCUUCGUGCCUCAGGGCGCCCACCUGCCCACACCGCCACCCCUGCCCGAGGCCAUCGUGCGGGCUCUGCAGCAGCAGGGCGUCAACCCCGCCGACUACGGUGGCAGCGCCGCGUCCGCGCCCAGGGCCCAGCAGCCCUUCGGAGCGCAGCGCCGCGGCUAG